AUGACUGACUGCUAUUCAAAUCGUGUGUCAUCACUCCCGAUUGAUACUCUGCUUGAAUUAAGGUGUCUAUCAUCUGGAUCGUUCUUAAUCGUUUUUUCAAUAAGAAAUAAUACAUCAAAUGAUCUCUUCGGCUGGACUAUUAUCGCCAGUCUUGUACCGCCAACGAUGGCAAAAUCGAACAUAGGAUCGUUCUCCCAAAGUAUUACCAUGGAGAGUUUAAUGUCUGGAGAAGAGUUUUCGUCGGAAAUAUUUUUUCCUCAGUCU